CUAGGGAGUUGUGCUCAUCUCACAAUGUCUACCUUCGCCCGUCACUUCCUCAAGCAGAGGAUGGUAGAGGUGGCCAAGGUGGCUGUUGCUGCUACGGGUACCCUAGCUGCAUCGGGCCUCCUAGUAGUGGGAGGGGCAACCUUCUGUUACGAGACUGCAGGGCCGAUGAUAAUACGAAGGGCUGUGCCUGACUACUCCAGCUUCCGCGACGACACCCCUUACAUUGAGGAAACCCUCGGAGUGCAGUUCCCUACGAAGAUAGCCGUCGGUGUGCCUCCCAACCUGAGAUCACACGUCAUUGUCGGUGCCGCGCCUAGAUGCAUGCAGAAUCUCUGUUGGUUCCCUCCCGCCCGAGCCUAUGCCCUAGGCAUAUACGUCUCUGAGGCCCAUUUGAAUCGGGUCAAGGCGGACGGUGGCUCUACUGAUAGUGUCUUUGGGCCGGCAGUAGAAAAGACUUUUUAUUUUAAUUUCAUCACUAAGAAGGACUCUAAGCAUGUCCGACAGGGGUUCGAGAGAUCUAUGAACUCGUACUUGGACGUGAUAGAAGUGUCGGGUAGGCAGAGGCCUGCUCAAGAGCAAGUGUCGGAGUUCAUCGCUGUAUUGAAGGGGAAGGAGCUGCAGAAGGGCGAUGUGCUAGAGGUGCAGUGCCUCCCGAGUGAACGUCGAGUAGUAGUGAAGUUCAAUGGCGAAGUGGAGGCAGACAUACGUGGCACUGUACUCAUCCACGUCCUCCAUGCCAUAUAUUUCGGCAAUUCAGCGAGAGGACCAAAGUAUGGCAAUAUGACCGACCGAUUCUUGUCCGGAGCUGCGAAGUGCCUCCAGUCAGCAUCUGACUAACACGCUUGUGUUAUUGUUUCUGUA